UCUAAUGGCAGAAUUAUGUAUAAGAUUUCCUCAACAGAUGAGUUAGAGCAUGGCACUGCAGGAAAGCUGCUGCUGCUUGGCUGUGAAGAAGGGAUGGUUCACUUGGUAGCUGUGGAAAGUCGGACUGUCCUGGGAUCAUUUACUCAAGGGGCGUCUGUGCUGUCUGUCUGCUGGGCAACGCCUACUGUUGGGGUAGUUGGACUCAGCGAUGGGCGUAUGGUUAUUGUGGAUGCUGAGGCUCUUGUAACCCGGCCACUGUCCCAUGACAGUGCCUCACCUAUUGAGACUGUAACAGCCUUCAAGGGAGGAGUGCUGGUAGGAAGGCGUGAUGGUCUGUGCCAGUUUUACAACCUGAAUGGAUCUAGCUCCUUCCAGCUAACUGGUUCAGAUUGUGACCCAAUAUACAAGAUAGUGCGGGAUACCAACUACAUCUACACAGCCUGUCGAGAUGGAUUAAUCCGAAAAUAUAGAUGCAGUGACAUUAAUGUCUGAAUGGGGCCUUAAUAUUUGUGUUACCAAUGCCAAGUAGAAGUUUCUGUCAGUUAGGUCUCAUUCAUUAGUUUUUGUUUCUCACUCACAACUAAAAUCAGUCUGCAUGUGAUAAGAUACUGAAGUUUUGCUUUUGUUUCUUUUUGAAAGAUACUUCUGUGAGAAUUGAAUAAUAUGAGCUACCAGUAAAAAGUCUGAAUGAUAGAGUCAUUCCAGCUUUUUACCUUUUGGAGCCGGGAGAUGCAGUAUUAAUAAGAUACUUUUACCAUGUACAGCUCAACUCCUUCCAAUAGAAUUCUGAAAAUACAAUGCAGGGACAUUACAAGUUCUGAUGAUAUUGAUAUAGCUUUUUUGUAUCAAUAAUCAAUCACAAAUAAAAAAAAAAUCAGGGUCUGAUUACAGGCAUCUCAACAUGUAUUCACUUCACUCAGAUAUUAACAUGCAUUGGUUUUCCAUUCAAAUUCACCUUUUUUUUCAUAAUUCCUUGAUAAUGUAAUGGAUAUUUGGUUUGAUGCAGAGAGGUCUCUCGAGUUUUUAUGAAAGGAAUUGAUUAUUGAUAUGUUUAUGCAGUUGAAAGAAUUUACCAUUGAUAAGGAAUACUGUAAACUGCUUUUUGUAGUAAAAACAAAAAAUACUAGAAUACUAGAUGAUUGUUUUGUAUACAGAGUUUCUUUUGUACAUUCAUAAUUUAGAUGGAACUGAUAUAUGAAUCUAAAAUUAAGAUUUUGAAAAUAACUCACUGAAAAUGAAAUAACUUAUUAGGAAUACCUGUGCACUACAUGCAGGAAGAAUGUUAAGAUUUGCUACAGAAUUGAUUUGCAGGACUAUUAUGUAUUUAGCGGAAGAAACAUUUUGAAAAUAUUACAUUAAUAUAUGCAAACUCAAAUAUGCAGAGAUGGUAGUGAAUAAUAAAUAUCAUGAGGAAA